AUGUCUGCUGCAAGCGGAUACCACUGUGUGAAUGUGACAGUUCCCAGCAGCACUAGGUAUAAUUCUGUUCUUGAAAUUUCUGGAGAAAUAAACACUGCGUCCAUCUCCGAAAAACGCGACCUGAUUCUUGUGUCCCUCACGCAGACUUUUAUCCAAACCGAAUAUCUGUACAUGCCGGGCCAGUUAGUGCGGUUCCGCAUCCUGGCCAUUACUGGAACGAGAGCUCUCGUUUCUUAUGAAGACCAUUCCGAGAUAUGGAUUAUGUCGCCUAGUGGCAGAAGGUUGACGCAGUGGAAAAACACUCCCAAUCCAGUUGGACUGCUGCAGUUGGACUUCCAGUUAGCUGAGGAGGGCACUUACCAGAUUUUCGUGAGAACCGAAGAGACAAGAGCAUCGCAGAGUUUCAAAGUGGAAGAAUAUGUGUUGCCAAGAUUCAGCCUCACCAUUCAGCCACCCCCUUAUGUCUUGGCAACCGACACAGAGGUCGUUUUCUCUGUAUGUGCCAAGAGGAUGACGUCAGUCUCCGUCCUAUCAUCCGCGCCGAGCUCCGUCUGUGGCUUAGGGGUGGUGGAUGAAAGCGUUGAACUGCUCUCUGGAGGUCAGCGAGGAAACCCGACGCUUGGAACAAUAUUCCAGUUGUUCGAAGCAGCAGAAGUUAACCCGUGGGAAAACUCACAAGUCAAUGAUUAUCUUUAUUGCAAUGGCAAUAACGAAAAACUUUGUAUCGUCAUUGAUUAUGGCGCUGCAGGGAUGACCACCUCGGCUGAAUUUGGUAAUCUCCUCACUACAACAGACGCUACGGCAUCUUUCGCACCAAUCACAGAACCUAUCUAUACUACCACAAGUGGGAGGUCGAACUUCCGGAUAUUGGUGACGACGUGGGUGGGCGAAGCCGUCUGCCUCCAUCCGGAGUUGGGCAUCGGGAAAAUAAGCCCCAAGUCCUCCAUCACCUCCUUCGUGCCCUUCUUCCUAGACCUCAGUCACCCAGCCACCGCCCGCAGGAACGAGAAGGUCCCCGUCCUGGUCUCCGUCUUCAAUUACCUGACCGAAAGUCUGCCUGUGACCGUUGAGUUGCUGCCAAGCGCCGAAUACACGUCCCCGACAUAUUCGACGAAGACCUGCGUCUCCGGCAGCGGGAAGGAAGUGGUGCAGUUCCUGGUGGUGCCUCUGGGGGCCGGGGGACGUCAACCUCACCUCAGUGCCUCCAUAGACACUGCCGACGGAAGUUGCGGCGGGACAGUUGACGUCGAAAGGAGCGACACCGUCAUUCGCCCUUUGAAAGUGAAAUUCGAAGGAAUAACUAAAGCAUCGACACAUGGGCAUUACUUAUGUGGCAAUGACAGCGCCUUUACGUGGUCCGCCGAGAGUUAUCCUGGGACUGUCAACGGCUCAGAUAAAAUUUACAUCUCUGCUUCCGCUGACCUCCUAGGACCGACCCUUGAGAACCUGGGAAACCUGAUCCGAAUGCCUUAUGGCUGUGGUGAACAAAAUAUGCUGAACUUUGCCCCAAACAUAUACGUGAUGCAGUACCUGAAAUCGUCAGGUCAGCUCACUCCCAGCGUCGAGGAUCAGCUUCUGAACUAUAUGAAAAUAGGCUACCAGCAAGAGCUGCGCUACCAGCACUAUGACGGAUCCUUCAGCGCCUUUGGUAAUUCCGACGCCUCAGGAUCCACUUGGCUCACAGCAUUCGUGCUGAAGUCCUUCAGUCAGGCUGAUAGUUACAUCACUAUGGACGAGAAUCUCCUCAUCUCAUCCAAAAAUUGGCUGCUGUCCCUCCAAAGCGAAAACGGCUGCUUCCGUCCGUCGGUUUUGUGCAUAAAACACCGACAGCGACUUGGCAUGAGAUUUGGAGGCGUCGAUGGUUCAGAAGCGUCUCUCACAGCCUACGUCCUCAUAUCUCUUCUGGAAGGGAAUCUAACGCAGGACGUCCAGGUCAUAGCAAACGCCGUCGCUUGCAUCACCACAGCCACCACAAGUAGUACCACAUACAUUAAGGCCCUGACGGCAUACGCUCUCUCCUUGGCGGGCGACAGCAGCGCCGCUGCUACGCUCAUUUCAGAUGUGUACUACAGUUUGACAUCAGGAAGUUCAGGGCUGUCUCAAGCUCUGACGGUUGAAGCUGCCGCCUACCUCCUUCUGGCCAUGCUUAAUGAAAGUCCAGGAUCAUACGCUGCCUGGGCACUUGAUAUUACUAAGCUUAUAUCAACUUAUCACAAUGGACAAGGAGGAUUCGUCUCGACACAGGACACAGUGGUUGCUCUGCAGUCCUUCGCAGCCUUCAGCGAAGCCUUCCCGCCCACAGGAACAGACCUCACCAUAUCAGUCACUGCUGGAAGUCAGUCGUUUGAUAUCGUCAUAGAUUCAGAGAACAGCCUUGUCCUGCAGACUAGCUACAUCACAGGCGAUCCACCAUUUAACGUCACAGUGACUGCGUCUGGGAGUGGAUGCGCUCUUGUCACGGUUACCCACAAAUACAACGUCUAUGAAGAGCCAGAGAGCUCUGCUUUUGCAAUGUUUGUCAAGACAGACCGAGAAAGGUGCUCCUCUAUCAGUUCCCUGCAAAUUUGUGCUUCCUACGUCAAGGAGGACUCCGUAUCCAACAUGGCUGUGAUGGAGGUCGACCUCCAAACAGGAUACUCGGCAGAUGAGGACGACUUGAGAGGUCUCGUCGCUCAACAAGUCAUCAAGCGUUAUGAGGAGACGGAUGGUGUUCUCUUCUUGUACCUGGAAUCGGUCGGUAGCUCUGAAAUUUGUGUCUCCUUCCGCAUCCGGAGGGACCAUGAAGUCGAAGAUAUCGCUCCUGGCACCGUCACCCUCUACGAUUAUUACACUCCUGAAUUCAGGCUGACUCAGUCAUUCGAAACUGAAGACCCUGUGAUUCAGGGUGAGGACUGUCCAUCCACCACUGUAACAAUAGUGAUAGAUGACUUCACGACCGUCUGAGCAAUGUGUUAAAAAAAAGUGUCAUUGGUAUGAGUCUGAAUAUUAU